AUGGGUUUCUACGACCAAAUAGAGAUCGAAGAUAUGGAAUGGGAUGCAGACACUGAAGUGUUUUUCUACCCAUGCCCUUGUGGUGACAAAUUUCAAAUCUCUUUUGAAGAAUUGUGCUAUGGAGAAGAGGUUGCUCGAUGCCCAAGCUGUUCUCUUUUAUUGAGGGUAAUCUAUGACGAAGAAAACAUUACAUUAAUUAGGUGUCUAAUGCCACACUCCCACUAAAGGAACAGAGCCAAAAUGGUGAUGAUGCGAGCAUUUCCAUCCAAAAGGUCGAACCAUCCCAAAUAAAUCUUCUGCCACCCUGACUAGCACUUCUCACUCGAUGCGUGUCGUCACCCUUCCCUGGCUCAGCUCCUAGGCGUGUUCCGCCUAAAGGUCACCCUCCUCAGAUGUGCUGAGAGAUAAAACUCUGAGCCUCUUGUCUGCACUGUGGUGCAGUUUCUCUGAUUAUCCCCAAAGCUAACCGCUAUUGCUGUGGAGAAGUUCUCUAGAGAAAUCCCAACCCCACAAAUAAAAUUCCAUGAGAGAGAAAAUUAGCAGAGCUAAUUUCUCUCGAACCGAAUGCCAUUUUAUUUAUCCUAAGACGAAGAAACACUUUCUCAAUUUGGAAAUAUUGAAAUUUAA